CAGCAGGCUGCGUCUCUAUCCGGAUGUGUUCAGCAGCUGCAGGGGGCUUUCACGUGGAUCCAUGGCUGGGCUCAGGGUUGAGCUGCUGGUGCUGGUGUUGGUGGUGCUGACUGGGACUCUGCUGCUGGAUCCAGUACGGGGAUGGGAGCCGAUUGAUGCAACACAACUGGAGUACUUGUACGAGACGGGACACUGGGUUAAACCACAAGGCCCUACAUCUAUACUUACAUCCACAGACGACAACAGUGACUUAGACGGUGAAUAUGCAGCUGCUGAGGAGGCACUUUCUGAAGUUGAAGGUGCCGCAAACGGUGAAAACGUCGACCCUUUUGCUGACCGUGGAUUCCAGGUGGAGUUUGUAGAUGGCCCUCCAAGUACCUGGGACAGCGGCGCUGAUGGUGGAUUUCAGGAGUUUGUAGAUGGCCCUCCAAGUACCUGGGACAGCGGUGCUGAUGGUGGAUUUCACAUGGGGUUUGUAGAUGCCCCUGCCCCUCCAAGGAGCUGGACCACCAGUACCAGUCCUAGUUCUUCUGGGUUAGAUGUGGUUUGUACAGACUUUGGCUUCCAGAUUACUCUGCUGACGGGUUCACUGAGUGACGUUAAAGUUUUGGGUUCAAAGGAAGUGCUGUCUGUCAUGGACGCUCCAGACUAUUGUGGCUAUGAAGUGAACUCUUUCCAGGACAACCUGACUGUACCCUUCACUGGCUGCAAUGUGAAACAUACUGAUGGCUACAGCCUGCAGUUGUUGUAUGUCGACGACUUCGGUCAGACACAAGUUGCUACUGCAUCUUGUGACGAAAGUCCAAAGUUUGACCCCGAACUGUUCCCUCGCUCCAGUGGCCAACCCAAACCCACAACAAAACAGUGCAACAAACCAACAUCAACGCCACCAGCAGUUUCAGAUUGUGCUGUCGCCUCAGGGGAGCGGGUGCCUUGUGGUCAGUCAGGAAUAUCCUCCUCGGACUGUGAGAAGUUGGGAUGCUGUGUGGAUUCUUCUGCCUGUUACUACCCACUGGAUGAGUGCACUGCAGAUCAACACUUUGUUUUCGCCAUUCGCCACGACUCUGCAUCCAUCCCCGUGGAUCCCACCAAACUCGUUAUUCCUGGGAAUCCAAAUUGUAAACCAGUAAUUGUCAAUGACAAGGUUGCCAUCUUUAAGUUCAAACUGACAGAAUGUGGAGCUCGUAAUUAUAUGGUUGGCGAGACGAAGAUCUACCUGGCUGAAGUGCAGACUGUCGUCAAAGCUCUGAAUCUUAAGUUUGGCAUAAUUACAAGAUGUGAUCCCCUCAGGUUCAUGGUUGAAUGCCGCUACAGCCAAACGGGCACGGGCGCUGCUCAGCAGUCAUUGGCCAGUGUUGGCUACAUGGUCAAGACUCCGAGUUCUACCUUGCCAUCUUUGAUCAUCUCCAACGGCUUAUAUGGUGUUCAGUUGAGAAUUGCUGAAGAUCAGACGUAUUCCAACUACUUGCCCACUAACAGUCAGCCCUUGCGACUGCUCCUCGGCAAUCCGGUUUAUCUUGAGCUGCGCCUGAAGUCUCCUAAACCAGAUGCAGUAAUUCUUGUCAACUACUGUCUAGCUUACCCUCGCUCUGCAAAGAAUGCUCUGGUGCUUAUUUAUGAAGGGUGUGCCAAUCCUCAUGAUCCGAACGUGUCCGUCCUUAAAGUCAGUGACCUUCCCAAAAAUCGUCACCAGAGGCGCUUCAUGGUCCAGGCCUUCCAGUUCAUGGAUCAAAAGACAAACAAGUACCUGGAUGAAGAGAUCUAUUUCAUGUGCUCGACAGAAGUUUGUAGGCCAGCAGAAAAGACUUGUGCAGAACGGUGCUUUGACGGAAAGGCACCAUAAGGGUUUGAAGCUGAAGACAUUAAGAAAAUGGUUGAACUGAAACUUAAAUAAAAUAUUUUAUAAUACAA